CAAUCCUUCAUCGAUCACGCAACAUGAGCGAAUCGGCAUUAUACGAGCACGCAAUCCAAGGGAAGUGGGAGGAGGUGGUGAAGAUAUACGGAGGAAAAGCAGCGGGCUGGGGCGCAGAGAUCACGAGCGCAAAAGAUUCGGCACUGCACAUGGCAAUCAGUGAAGAAAGAGAAGAUAUUGUGGAGCAACUGGUGGAUGUAUAUCAUCAAGAAAAAUCAAGGCAGAGAGGCUCUGACUGCUCAGAAUGAGAAUAAGGAGACGCCUCUGCAUCGGGCAGCCGCAAGAGGGUCGGUCAGAAUGUGCAAGUGUAUAGUAGAAGCUGGACACAGAAUGGGCCUGUAUUUGCUCACCAGUUAUUAUAACAAGUGGGGCCAGAAUCCCAUCUUCGUGGCUGCUCUCGACGACCGUAAGCAUGCCUUCUUCUACCUCCUCAAGGCUGCUGAAGAUUUCCUCCCUGGUAUACAACCUGAUCAGCUGCUCAGAAGUGCAGGCCUUAGAGACACCGUGCUUCACUCUGCCAUCAAGAGAGAGCAUUGUGAGUUGGCAUUCCACAUAAUCCGAAAGUACCCAGGUCAACUUUUGGACCGCUGCAAUGCAAAGGGGAUGACUCCUCUUCAUGUACUGGCCAGCAAACCUUCAGCUUUUAGAAGUGGCCGCCAUCUUUCUUGGUGGAAGCAAAUCAUAUGCUACUCUACGCAUGUUGAGCCGCUGAAAUUUUAUGACCCUGAUACAACAACGGAUCCGUGGAGCCCGAGACAUGACUUCCCGGAGAAGUAUCUGAUAUGUUCAGGAAUAAUGAAGGCAGAAAGGGAUCCCGAGAACCCAAAGAGUUCUGAUAUUAAGGGAAUUGUUCCACAAAAUUAUGCUACCUGUUUUGGGUUUCUAGCCACCGUCUUCAUAAAUUUUUGUGACGUUCUAGGACUGGGUAUGUAG